AUGGAAAGAGCUUGGCUCCGUGGGGAAGGAUUCCUCCUCUGCCUCAUUUUCCACCUGCUGUUUCAAGAUGAACAACUUCAAGUGAUGACAUCGUUCCUGUGGCUAAAUAUGAUCUGGUACCAUCCAUUCAUCAGGUGGAACCCAGAGGAAUGUGGGGGCAUCAGGAAGCUCAGCAUAGCAACUGAGAACCUAUGGCUUCCAGAUAUCUUCAUCAAAGAGUUCAUGGAUGUGGAUCAGACACCUGAAGGUCUUAUGGCUAUGUCAACAGUGAAGGUCAAAUCGAAUACAAUAAGCCAAUGCAAGUGGUCAGCGUCUGUAACCUGGACAUCUUCUAUUUCCCCUUUGACAAACAGAACUGCACACUCACCUUCAGCUCUUUCAUCUACCCUGGUGACAUGGUCCUGGGCAUGGAGAAGGAAGUGCAGGAGAUUUUGAACACAUCACAGGACCUCAUGGAGCAAAGGGGAGUGGGUUCUUCUGGAUAUUCACCAGACAACAACGAAGAUGACCGUGGGCACCAAGAAGUACAACCAAAUCAUUUUCUACGUGGCCAUCAGGCGCAGGUCCAGACUCUACACUAUAAACCUUCUGGUGCCCAGUAGCUUUCUGAUAGCCAUCGAUGCCCUCAGCUUCUACCUGCCAGCAGAAAAUGAGAAUCGUGCCUCAUUCAAGAUGACACUUCUGCUGGGCUACAACGUCUUCCUGCUCAUGAUGAAUGACUUACUCCCCACCAGUGGCACCCCCCUCAUCAGUAUGGCCCCUUCCUCCAUCAGGAGAAUAAAAGCAAGGCCCGCCUUCCCUCCAGGUGUCUACUUUGCCCUGUGUCUGUCCCUGAUGGUGCUCAGCCUGCUGGAGACCAUCUUCAUCACCUACCUGCUGCACCUGGCCACCACCCAGCCCCCACCCAUGCCUCGAUGGCUCCAUUCCCUGCUUCUACACUGCACGAGCCCAAGGAGAUGCUGCCCCACUGCACCCCAGAAGGGAAAAAAGGGCCUGGGCCUCACCCCUGCCCACCUGCCUGGUGUGAAGGAGCCGGUGGAGUGGGUGGGGAAGGUGCCAGGUCCCAGGAAGGCAGUGCUAAAUGGGAGCCCUGGGUCAACAAGGGCCCAGCAAGAAGAUGAGGCUCAGAAGCAGCACUUGUGGGUGCGACUGUGGGUGCAGUUCAGCCACACAGUGGACGCUGUGCUCUUCCGCCUCUACCUGCUCCUCGGUGCCUCCGUCGUCACGGUCAUCGUCCUCUGGAACACCUAG